AUGGUCUCUCUGGGGAUCCAGAUGCUGGGCAGCGCCCUGAGCCUGCUGGGCUGGGUGGGGGUCAUCCUGACCUGUAUCCUGCCCAUGUGGAGGGUCACGGCCUUCAUUGGAGCCACCAUCAUCACGUCUCAGACCAUCUGGGAGGGUAUCUGGAUGAGCUGCGUGGUCGAGAGCACGGGCCAGAUGCAGUGUAAACCAUACGACUCCCUCCUGGCCCUGUCCUCCGACCUCCAAGCCGCCAGAGCGCUCACCGUCCUCGCCAUCGCCACGGGCGCUGCCGGGCUCCUACUGGCCUUCGUCGGGGGGAAGUGCACUCGGUUUCUGGACGAGCAAGGAGGCGGGGUCAAAGAACGGGUUGCCGUGACAGCGGGCGCGGUGUUGAUCGCCACGGGGGUGCUGUGCCUGAUCCCCACUUCGUGGGCUGCUGGGGCGGUGGUGCAGGGGUUCUACAGCUCCACCACCGAUGCCCAGCGGAGGGAGAUCGGGGCGUGUCUAUACAUCGGCUGGGGGGCAUCCAUCCUUCUCAUCCUGGGAGGGGGGCUGUUCAUCAGCUCCUCCUGCCCCCUCAGGGCCCAUGACGAGGAUAAGAGCCCCUCUGUUCGCUACCUGGUGGUUCGCUCUUCCAACGGAGCCGCCUCCAGCCAGGCAGCAGCCUCCCAGCACAGCAGGGGACCAUCCACCAAGUCCCAGGCCAACGACAAAAUGGCCUUUACCAGGUCUCACAGCAGCCAAGCAGCAUCUGCCAAGUCUCAGCCCUGGGGAGUGGUGAAAACUAGGCCUCCCUGGGAGGAGGACGGGCUAGGUGUGGUAGAGCAGGACUACAGGCCGGGGUCUGGGGGGAGUAAGGCACCGUCUACAAAGUCUCAGUUGAAAAGACUAGAGUCUCAGGAGAGUUUAGCAGACAAGUCUCAACCCAGUGAGGAUGAAUCCUUAAACCCAACUAAGACCUAUCUCUGA